AACUUUAACCAGAGCACUGGGGUAAAAGACCAGGCAGAGCUCCGCAAGCCCAGGCACUCUGAGGAGGGUUCUCACUGCAUCAGGAAGACCAUGACGUGCUGUGAAGGGUGGACAUCCUGCAAUGGCUUCAGCCUGCUGAUUCUGGUCGUGUUAGGAGUGGUCAUCAACUGUAUACCUCUGGGUAUCAGCUUAGUGGAGGGAGACUCAGCUUCUCAGAACCCCAUCUCUUGCUAUGAAUGGUGGUUCCCAGGAAUUAUAGGAGCAGGCCUGAUGGUCAUCCCGGCAACAACAAUGUCCUUGGCAGCGAGAAAAAGAGCAUGCUGUAAUAACAAGAGCGGGAUGUUUCUUUCAUCGCUCCUGAGUGUGAUCACCAUCGUUGGUGCUGUGUAUUGCAUGUUGGUUUCACUCCAGGCUCUCAUGGAAGGUCCUCUCAUUUGUAACACACAAGCCAACAGUACUGUUAGUUGUCAAUUCUCAUUGAGAAACUUGAGUAACUUUGAUCCUGAAUCCUUCAACUUGCUAUGGUUCUUCAAUGACACUUGUGUUUCUCCCACCGGGUUAAAGACCACCACCAUCAAUGACCUUGGGAAUAACUGGAGACCACCCAACUCCGGCUCUGAAGAAGACAGACACAGGAUUUUCCACUUCUCAGUAUUCCUGAGUCUCCUGCUCGUUGGAAUCCUCGAGCUCCUGUUUGGGCUCAGUCAGAUACUCAUUGGUUUCCUUGGCUGUCUGUGUGGUGUCUCUAGGCGAAGGAAUCAAGUUGUAUAGUAGAAAGGGUAAUAAACUAGUAUCAGUACUUUGAAUAAUUUGAAAA